AUGCAGCAGUUACACCUUUUUCUUUACUUCCUCUUUCAUCACUUGCUCUCAUUUCUCCUCUGUCUUCUGUCUUUCUUUCUUUCUUUCUCCUCUUUUCUUUCUUUCUCUUCUUUUCUUUCUUUCUUUCUCCUCUUUUCUUUCUUUCUUUUCUUUCUCCUUCUAAUUACCGUUAAUCUGUCAUUUCCUGUAAUCUUUAUUUUUUUCUUUUUCUUUCAUUUUUCUUUUUCUUUCUUUCUUUUUACUUUUCUUUUUUCUUUUCUUGUCUUUUUUUUUCUUUUUUACUUUCUAUGUUUCGCUUUUAUUUUUCUUUGUUUUUUCUUUCUUUCACUUUUUCUUUCGUUAACUUUUCCUUUUCUUUUUCUUUCUUUCUUUCUUUCUUUCUUUCUUUCCUUCUUUUCAUUUUCUUUCAUUCUUUCAUUUUCUCUUGCUUUCUUUCUUUCUUUCUUUCACGUUCGAUUUUCUUUCUUUCACUUUUCUUUUUCUUUCUUUCUUUCUUUCCUUCUUUUCAUUUUCUUUCAUUCUUUCAUUUUCUCUUUCUUUCUUUCUUUCUUUCUUUAUUUCUUUCUUUCACGUUCCAUUUUCUUUCUUUCACUUUUCUUUUUCCUGUCACUUUUCUUUCUUUCUUUCUUUUUUCAUUCUUUCGUUAUUUUUUCUCUCUUUAACUUUUCUUUUUCUUUCUUUCGUUUAUUUUUCUUUCUUUUGUUCACAUAUUUUCUUUCUUACUUUUUCUUUCUUUCUUUCUUUUUUUCUUUCUUUCUUCCUUCCUUCCUUUCUUUCUUUCUUACUUUUUCUUUCUUUCUUUCUUUCUUCCAUUUUUCUUUUUCCUUCUGUUUUCUGUCUUUCACUUUUCUUUUUCUUCCUUUUCUCCAUUUUUUCUUUCUUGUUCUUUCUUCCUUUCUAUCGAUACAACUUCAUUUAUACAAAAAAUCAAACUACUAA